GACAAUUUGGUCGGCGCGCUGGAGUUGGUCUCCUCUCGCUCUCACCUACCCUCUCUAAAUCUUAUCCCCAAUAGCCCCAAUUCCUCGUCUACCUCUCGGUUGAUCCUGAUUCCGCUUCCGUUGAGGCAAACAUGGAGGAUCCCCCCAUCACGGCCUCGCUCGGCCCCAUGGGUCGCCUCCUCCGGCGACUCCAUUCACUCGAGGCUUCCGAGCAUCCUCUGCCAGAGGGGCUCACUGCCAACGGGAUCCGGCUUCUCAGAGAAGGUCUAGAAGGAUUGUACGACCACCUCAAGGAUGCGCCGGAUCCAGAUCCGCACCCUGGCGCCACGCCCAAAUGGUGGACCAAGGAGGUUCGGGAGCUUGGUUACGAUACGGAGGACUUCUUCGACGAGGUUAUGCAAUCCGGUGCCGGCGAAGGCGCCAUUGUCCGCAGGAGCUCUCGCCUUACUGCAAUCUUUGGGGCUGGCAGUAGGCGGAAGCAGCGCCGGCGCCAGAUUGCGGAAGAUUUCUCACAGUUGAUGGCUCGUGUGGAUGACGCGAGAGAGAGGUGCCAAAGCUUCCAGCUUGCUCCGGCGGAGACAGCUGAUAUCAGCCGCCACAGGGCUGAUUUGUCCCUGGACCUGCCGGCGUCGGCUGUCUCCAUCUCCGACGUCGGCCUGGUCACAGCUGACCGUAGCCUAGUUGGUGUCGAGGUACCCAUGAAGAAGCUUGGUAAACUGCUGGCUUUCGGCGACCACAACCAGAACCAGCUCAAGGUGAUACCCAUCAUUGGAUCUGCAGGAGCUGGAAAAACCACUGUUGCCAGAACAAUAUAUCAUCAGUAUGGAGAGGAAUUCCAGUGCAAGGCUUUUGUACGGGUGUCCCUAAAUCCCGAUAUGAGGAGGCUUCUCACCAGCAUCCUCUCACAAACUAAGGCACCAUGGACUCAUGCCUUUUCUGAUGUGCAGGACCUUAUUGACGGUAUCAUCAAACAUCUUCAAGGAAAAAGCUACUUCAUUGUAGUCGAUGAUAUAUGGAAAUCAUCAGAAUGGGAUAUUAUUAGCCGUGCUUUUCCUGAUGGUGAUUGUUGCAGCAGAAUACUGACAACCACACAAGUUGGGGAUGUAGCAUUAGCAUGUUCUGGUUAUGAGUCAGAAUACAUAUUUGAGAUGAGACCUCUUAAUUAUGGUGAAUCUCAGAAAUUAUUCUUCAAUAAUGUUUUUGGUCCUGAAGGUGAAGAUGCUUGCCCUCAAGAGUUUGAAGCAGUUGCAGAUAGGAUUAUCAGGAAAUGCGGUGGUUUACCAUUAACAAUUGUAAAUAUAGCAAGCCUGUUGCUACCAAGCAAGCGGAACCCUGCAAUGGACCAAUGGGAGAAGGUAGAGAGUUCUCUACCCUCCACUUUGAGGACAGAUCCUACUACCCAAGGGAUGAAAGAUGUUCUAAUCCUUAUUUACAAUAAGCUUCCACUUCAUUUGAAGACAUGCUUGCUCUACCUUAGGAUGUAUCCAGAAGGCUGCACUAUCAGGAAGGAUGAUUUGGUGAAGCAAUGGCUAGCUGAAAGUUUGGUUGGUGACACUGAGUAUGGUUACUUUGACGAGCUUGUCAGAAGAGGUAUGAUCCAACCUGUAGACACCAACUAUGAGGGGGAGGUGUUGUCAUGUACAGUUAACCACAUGGUAAUGGAUCUUAUCAGGUACAAAUCCUUUGAGGAUAAUUUCGUCAUUGUCGUGAAGUAUUUUGAAUCAACUCUACUGCUUCCUGACAAGGUUCGCCGAUUGUCCCUCCAGUUCGGAGGUUCAAAAAGCGCAAAGAUACCAGAAAGCAUCAGAAUUUCCCAAGUUCGAUCACUUUUAUUUUAUGGAUCCUCCAGAUGUGUACCUUCCAUUCUGGAUUAUGGCCUUCUCCGAAUUCUGAUUCUUCAUAUUUGGGCUGAUGAAGACCAGAUGAGUUUUGACCUCACUAGAAUCGUUGAACUAUUUCGACUGAGAUAUCUGCUUGUUGAGUGUAAUAUCACCAUCAAUUUGCCAGACAAGAUUCAAGGAUUACGAUACUUGGAGACACUGCAUUUAGAUGGAAGACUAUCUGCUGUUCCAUCAGAUAUUGGUAAUUUGGAGAAUAUACGGCACCUCCGCCUUCCAAUCCAGGCUAAUGUGAGGGAACUUGGAGGUCUGACCAAUCUCCAGGAUCUUCAUCUCACCCUUUCUACAGCACAGCCAGUUGAGAAUUUGGAGGUUACCAUGAAAUACCUUGGCUCAAUUCUCCACAAACUCAACAACCUCAAGUCUAUAAUUCUGGCAUCUGCACGUUCCUGUCCUGUAAAUACUUCGAGUGUGAGCAUUUCAUGUGUUGGCUUGAGCAACGUGUCUCCUGCUCUGGCCCAUCUCGUGAGACUUGAGUUAUUGCCACGGAUUUGCAUCUUUCCCAGCCUCCCGAACUGGUUUAAAACACUGGACAAACUCUUCACUCUGAAGAUAGCAAUCAGAGAGUUGUCGAACAGUGAUAUUGAUAUCGUUAAAGGGUUACCUGCCCUCGCUGCUUUCUCGCUGUGCAUCCAGACAGCGCCUGCAGAGAGGAUUGUCUUUGGCAAGGCUGGAUUUUCAGCUCUCAAGUACUUCAAGUUGAGGUGCAGUAAACUGUUGCUGAAAUUUGAGGCUGAUGCAAUGCCUAAUCUUCAGAAGCUCAAGCUAGUCUUCAAUGUUCAGGAAGUGCAGCAGCAUGGAGCUGGAGCUAUCUGCAUCGAGCACUUGGCAGGGCUUAAAGAGAUAUCCGCAAAAAUUGGGGGUGCAGGUGCUGCUGGCACAGAGUCUGCCUUGAGGAUUUCUGUUAGCAAUGAUCCAAAAAAUCCAAAAAUCAAUGGUCAGCUGGUGAACUGGAAUUUCUGUGCCGACGAAGAUGGGAUUAUCGCGGCACCAGACCGAGCAGCUCUGAUUAUGGAAGAACGAGGUGAGAUCCUGGAGGAAAACACAGAAUAUGAGUACAAAAGAGAAGAUGGGGACCGACAACCUGAUAGCGGCAUUUCUACGCUGCUGGAGCCCUCUGUCCCGUUCCCUGAGAGACCCACCGACCGGCCACAUGGCCAGAGGCUCCUUUCUGCGUGGUCCAGGGCCAGGCACACCUUGAAAGCUGUGCCCCGCACCUUGAAAGCCGGCAAUGAGGGCCACGGUGUUGGGAGUGUAAAAUUAUUCAGCUAUAAGGAGUUGGAUAGGGCAACUGCAAGAUUUCACCAAUCCAAUAAGAUUGGUGAGGGAGGUUAUGGACCAGUGUAUAAGGGAACGCUCAAGGAUGGAACAGCUGUUGCAGUAAAGGUGCUCUCUUUGCAGUCUAGGCAAGGCGCGAAGGAAUUUCUUAGUGAACUUAUGGCGAUCUCUGAUAUUUCCCAUGAGAAUCUUGUCAAACUUUAUGGCUGUUGUGUGGAAGGAAGCCACAGGAUCCUUGUCUAUAAUUAUCUUGAAAAUAAUAGCCUUGCACAAACCCUUCUAGGUUCUCAGCGUAGCAGCAUCCAGUUCAAUUGGAGAACUCGGGUGAAUAUUUGCAUUGGUGUUGCCCAGGGACUAGCAUACCUCCACGACGGUAUCCGGCCUCACGUUGUCCAUCGUGACAUCAAAGCAAGCAAUAUACUUCUCGAUAAGGAUCUUACCCCGAAAAUUUCUGAUUUCGGCUUAACAAGGCUUCUACCUUCAGGUGUAGCACAUAUUAGCACAAGAGUCGCAGGAACACGAGGUUACUUGGCUCCUGAAUACGCCAUCCGAGGACAAGUGACACGGAAGUUAGAUGUUUACAGCUUUGGUGUUCUGCUGAUAGAAAUAGUCAGUGGAAGAUGCAACACUGAUACAAGACUGUCGUACGAAGAUCAGAUUCUUCUUGUGAAGACAUGGGAAUACUAUGACCAGGGGCAACUGGACAAGAUCAUCGACAGCUCGCUGGGCGACGACCUGGACGUCGACGAGGCGUGCAGGUUCCUGAAAGUGGGGCUCUUGUGCACGAAGAACGUCACGAAACGCCUGCCCGAUAUGUCGACGGUGACCCGCAUGCUGAGGGGCGAGGAGGACAUGGAGUCGCAGGAGAUCAUUAAGCCCGACGUGAUCCGGGACAUCAUGGACCUGAAGCUGAGGAGCAAGGCCACGUCAUCGUCGCUGCUGACCUCAGCCGUGGGGCAGUCCUCCCCGUCGUCGUCGUCCAUGGGCAACACCACCCGCGCCUCCAGCACCUUCACCGCGACAUCGGACCGCCCCUGACUGACGAGUUAUGCCGGGAGAAAAACGGAUACACCGAGGGGGAGGGGGGAGACCGUACGGACGGCAGAGCAAACUGUGGAUAGGUAGUGUAGGGCAGCCCACAUUUUUCUUCUUCCUUUUUUUGUGCUUGUAUGUUCUUUGUGGUAUAGCUUUCAUCAUACUUCCAUUUACUCCACUUGAUUGUUUUGCGUAUAAAAGGGUUAUCCGGAUA